CCCGCGGAGGGACGCGCCAGAGCGGGGGCCGCCGGGACCGAGCGAGCGACAGACGCGCCACCCGCCGACGCCGCAGCCGCCUGGGGCCCGCACGGACCCUCUCUGCCUGUGUAUAGAAUGAGCCAAGGAGACUCAAACCCAGCAGCUAUUCCACAUGCAGCAGAAGAUAUUCAAGGAGAUGACAGAUGGAUGUCUCAGCAUAAUAGGUUUGUCCUCGACUGUAAAGACAAAGAGCCUGAUGUGCUGUUUGUGGGAGACUCUAUGGUACAAUUAAUGCAGCAAUAUGAGAUCUGGCGAGAGCUAUUUUCCCCUCUUCACGCACUUAACUUUGGAAUUGGGGGAGAUACAACAAGACAUGUUUUAUGGAGACUAAAAAAUGGAGAACUGGAGAACAUUAAACCUAAGGUCAUUGUUGUCUGGGUAGGAACAAACAACCAUGACAAUACAGCGGAAGAAGUAGCAGGUGGGAUUGAGGCCAUUGUACAACUUAUUAACACAAGGCAGCCACAGGCCAAAGUCAUUGUACUGGGUCUGCUACCUCGAGGUGAGAAGCCCAACCCUUUGAGACAAAAGAAUGCCAAGGUCAACCAACUUCUCAAGGUCUCGCUACCGAAGCUUGCCAAUGUGCAGCUCCUGGAUACAGAUGGGGGCUUCGUGCACUCGGACGGUGCCAUCUCCUGCCAUGACAUGUUUGAUUUUCUGCAUCUCACAGGAGGAGGCUAUGCAAAGAUCUGCAAACCUCUCCAUGAACUGAUCAUGCAGUUGUUGGAGGAAACACCCGAGGAGAAGCAAACCACCAUUGCCUGACUGGCUCCUGUCAGUGUUAAUAGCAUCCCAGCUUCCUCAGAUCAGUUAUGUCACUGGCACUACAGAGUCCUCUUUCUUAAGGCACUUUGCAUUAUAGAAUGUUUCUGGAUGCUUGUUUCUAGUGUUUAAAGGGGAAGAGGGAUUUAAACUGGUCCUGUAUAUAGAAAGUUUGUUUGACACAGGAGAAAAUAUAGCCAAGGAAUAUUGUUCUUCAAUUCAUUUGAAACCAGAAGGGAACUUUUUAGUUAUAUGUGUAACAGACACACUUAUUGAAUUACCCCUAUUUUUCCUAGGACAACAUAAAGCCCAAUACAAUAUGAAGAUUCUCUCCUUGGCUUUUUUUUCUAUGGAUUGUCAUAUGUGAUAAUUAUUCACACCUACUUGGCUUUAAAAUGUUUUUCUUUUUCUAGUUCUAAAGGUCCAUGAUUUACUAUGUUGUCUUAUUUUGUUUGAUUCCUAUAUACAUAUAACAUCAGAUUAAACGUGUGUCACUCAAAUAUGGGAGAUGCUUUAGUUACAAGUGAAUUUGUUCUCUCAGUCUUUCCCAUGCUUAGCAGUAAAACACAGGUUUUGUCCCAUUUGGGGACUCUUUGGAGGGUAUUAUUUUUUAUGCUGCUGAAUUUCAUGUCUUUAAUAGGUAGACCCAUGCAUGCACCCUUCUAAUUCCCCCUUAUCUCUUUGGGGGAUUUACAUUACAAGCCUUUAACAAUUUUUUUACCCAGGGGUCCUGUGGCUGGAAGCUUAAAUCCCUAACCAGUUACUGUCAUAUUACUGAUGUAUAUAUAACUUAUUCCUGUGCCGUGUUCUGUGCUCUAGAGUCUGUGUCGUGUCAUUCAUAGCCAGAGUUCUGAUUUGUUUCUGUUUAUUCCAGUAAAACCUGUUAAGGUUUCUUUUUUCCUGGAAAAAGAAGACCAGAACACUCAUUCCCAUUCCAUAAGGCCUGAUCUGGUAUUAUUUCAGGUUUCAUAUUGUGUUAAGGUGUAUUUUUGUUUUUCUUUUAUGUAUGCAUAUAGUAAUGCUGGGAGUCAAACCCAGGGCGUAGCACAUACUAGACAAGUGCUCUGCCACUUAACAUCUCCCCCUUUUUCAUUUUUGCCUUUUUAAUUGUCUUAGUUCUUAAAUUCUAUCAGUCAUAAAGAAUUUGGCUUUUUCUAGCUGGGUGUGGUAGCACACGCCUUUAAUCCCAGCACUUGGGAGGCAGAGGUAGGAGGAUCACUGUGAGUUCGAGGCCACCCUGAGACUACAUAUCGAGUUCCAGGUCAGCCUGGACUAGUGUGAGACCCUACCUCGGGGGAAAAAAAAAAAAAAAGAAUUUGGCUUUUUCCAUGGGGAAACAGUGAAGCUGCUGUCAGAAUAGACAUUCUCUCCUUAUCCCACCAUAGUUGUAAAAUGAACUAGGUUCAUUUAACUUUUAAGAUUUCUUAUUAAUAUGUCUUCAGAAUAUCAAGAGGGCUUAGUCUUAAUGGUUUACUUGACUGCCUGAACUGCCGUGUAAAAGAGUGGAACCGUGGUUUAUUAACCAGUAUGCCUAUGAACUAUACAAACUGGAUCUACAAACAUUUUAAACUGGACCAGGUUGGGGUAUCGAUGUGUCCUGCAGUGAUUCUGCUUAGUAUUCACAUGAGUAGCUAAGGUCUAGGCUUUAUGUUCUGCUUGCAAAGCAAAUACCAGAGCUGUGUGUUGGAGGAGUUGCUGACCUAUGCUGAGACCCACUUCUGAUUGAGAAGGAUAGAAUGUGCAAUGUGUUUUUUCUUGUUGAGCCUCUUUCUAGGAUUUUUUUUUUUAAAUACAUAGUCUUGUGAAUGUAUCAUGUCUUCAUUAGCAACAGAAAUACACGUGUUUACUAAACUUGUUUACUAUAUUAAGAUUUUCCUUUUCUUUUUAAUAGCCUAAGCUUUUGAGUUUUUCAAGACAUUGUUUUUCUGAACUGAGGUGUAGUUUCAUGACGGAAAUUUAAUUAAGUCAGAAUUUUGUGUGUAAAAAGACAGUUUUCUCUCCAGGUCUUUUUGUGUGGUGUGGGAGUACGAUCCAAAUAAAUUUAUUAGAUUACUCCUGCAGCAUGCGCUUUAAGCUUCUCUCUUGACCAAGAAUGAAAUAGCCCUUUGUGAGCUAGCCUUCAGCUCCUUUGCUUAUGUGUGUAAAUCUCAGAUGUUACUACAUUUUAUAUCUACCAGAGCUAUUCAAGCAAUAGUAUUUGAACCACUAGCCUUUUAAAUAAAAUUCUGCCCUAUUGCUAAUGUGUA